AUGACUCAGCCAAUCUAUGAUUCUCGGCAAGGUGGCUUUCGAAUUUUUAUCGGCAAUCUAGGUGCACGCACAAAUAUAUCUGAUCUUCAACAUGAAUGUGAACGAUAUGGACCACUGGUCGAUUGUUGGGUAGCACGCAAUCCACCAGGAUUUGCAUUUGUACUUUAUAAACACGGCGAAGAUGCUGAUUCAGCUGUGAGAAAUAUGGACGGACGUGUCGUAUGUGGACAACGCGUCCGAGUCGAACAUGCAAAAGCACGUUCAGGAAAUUAUCGCAGUGGACCACCCCUUGGUGGUUUCCGUGGUGGAGAUGAUGAUGGUAGAGAUGAUGAUCGCAGACGUCCACGUCGUCGUUCCCGUGAUCGUCGAUCACGGUCUCGUAGCAGUAGUCACGGUCGUUCGAAAAAGAAAUCAUCACGUCGCCGCCGUAGCAGUCGAGAUUCCAGUCAUGAUAGUACUCGAGAACGUAGUUCAAGACGCAAGCACAAGAGUCAAUCGCGUGAUCGAAGCGAAUCUAACGAUUCCGGUAGCCAUCGUGAAAAAAAACAUUCGAAACGUCGUCGAACAAAAUCGAAAUCGCCCAUAUCAAAAGGCAAAGACGACGAUCGCUCAUCGAAUCAUUCCAAAGAUGGAACACCCUCACCCAAACGUGAUGGAGCAGACGACAACGAAAAUGACCGACAGAAAUCAACACGUCGCAAAUCUGAUGAAAGUGAUGGAAGCGAUAAUGAAAGCAAAAGACCAGCCGAUCGUAAUUCAGCAGACGAAGCUAUGGACGAUGACAAGAAUGGACACGAGUCCGAUCGGUCAAAUAAUGAUGAUAGUCGUGAUCAAAAUUGA